AUGGCAGCCAGCUGCGUUCGUGAGAGCUUCCUAGGAGAAUGCCUUCGUCUUAUUGGCAAACGCUCAUGGCUGAAAUACGAUGAAGAGCACCUUGGGUGGCAAGACAAACCUCAUUGCGAAAAGGCCGACGAUGCAGAGAACCCACGCAAUUGGCCCCAGGCCAAAAAGGCCUUUGUGCCACUUGUGAUCGGCAUCUACAGCUUCGUGGUAUAUAUGGCAGCGCCGAUUUACACGCCCAGUGUGGACGCCUUCAUCGAGGAAUUCGGGGUCAAUAAUGCCGAGGCAUCGUUGGGGUUGGCUCUCUAUGUACUCGGCUACGGUGCUGGACCUCUCUUCUUCAGCCCCUUGAGUGAAAUCCCGCGCAUCGGACGAAAUCUACCAUACGCCAUUUCCUUCUUCCUAUUCUGCAUUAUCAGCAUCCCUACAUCUCUCGCCCCCAAUGCGAUCGGAUUCUAUCUCCUGCGAUUUCUUCAAGGCUUCUUCGGCAGCCCGUGUCUCGCCACUGGAGGUGCCUCGAUUGCCGAUGUCUACGCGCCAGACGUGCUCCCCCACGCCAUGACAACAUGGGUCUACUCCGUCUUCUGCGCCCCAGCCAUCGGCGUGUUAGUCUCCGGAUUCGCAAUCCCAGCCCUGGGCUGGCGCUUCUCCAUGUGGGAGAUCCUCAUCGCAGCAGCCCCAGUCCUCGUGCUCAUCUUCCUCCUGCCCGAAACCAGUCCCGCGACAAUCCUCUACCGCCGCGCGAGACGUCUCGAGAAGCGUGAUCCAGAAAGCCCAUAUACGUUCCGCUCAGCAGCUGAAAUCGCCCAGUCCCAUAUCUCCUUCCACACCGUAGUCCGCGAAUCCCUACUCAUCCCUCUCAAAAUCACCUUCCUCGACCCAGCCAUCCUCUUCCUCAACUGCUACACCUCCCUCACCUACGGCAUCUACUACUCCUUCUUCGAAGCCUUCCCCAUCGUCUACCGUGAACUCCACGGCUUCAAUCUCGGCGAGAUGGGCCUCGCCUUCCUCGCCAUCGUCGUCGGCACCACUAUCUCCUUCCUCAUCUACAACCUCUACAUCUACAAGGUCUUCGUGCCCCGGCUCCGCGCCGGCGGAUUCAGCUCCCCCGAAGACGUGCUCAUCCCGGCCCUCUUCGCCUGCUUCGGUCCCGCCAUCGGCCUCUUCCUGUUCGGGUGGUCGGCCAGGCCCGAGAUCCAUUGGAUUGUGCCGACGAUUGGAAUCGUGAUCUACCCCGGCUGUGUGUUCAUUCUGAUGCAGUGUGUCUUUUUGUAUAUCCCGGCGUGUUAUCCGCAGUAUGCGGCGAGUGUGUUUGCGGCGACGGAUUUCACAAGGAGUGCGUUUGCGUGUGGAGCGGUUAUCUUCUCGACGCCGUUGUACCGCAAUCUGGGAGUCGGGAGAGGGUGUAGUUUGUUGGCGGGGUUGACGGUGGGUUGUGUGCUGGGGAUUUAUCUGCUGUAUCAUUUUGGGGCGAGGUUGAGAGCGAAGUCGAGGUUUACGGCAAAGUGGUGAUGGG